AUCAACGAACCAUGCUCAUCACCACACUCGGUCUGCUCGCACUAUCCCGCUCUAGGUAGAUUCUACCUCGACACAUCAAUCAAGAUUUUUUCCCAUCCACCCCGAAUUAUCCGCAGGACAAUGUGGCCCAAACAAAGGGACCAGGUUACGGAACUGCAAGUUCUGAGACGAUUUGACAACUCGACUCUUUUCCGAUACGGAGGCGCGUCUAUUAUCUUGCCGUUUCAAGACGAAUAACUUGGUAUCCUAGUAUCAUGAUUCUAGUUCGCAAAAUCUUGCAUCUGAUUUGAACAAACGAUCUGUCCUCUAGAGUCAGACAUUCAAAAAUCAUUGAAUUUUCAAUCAUGAUAGUUACUUUUUUCAACAAAGUUUCCGUUGCCAUUCACAUCCAUCCACUCAGAUUAUCCACUUCGUCAGUAUUUCCCAUUUCCCUCCUCCCUAAGCGAUGAUGUCCACUGCCCAACUUGAUUAUGAAGCGCUCGAGUUCUGCGUACAAGCAUUCGAUGUCAUUCUGAUUAUCACAUUCAUCCUGUUAGGCCUAACAAGCCUGACAGCGAAGCUUUCCUCGCGCAUAUCCAGGUCAAAAACUUGGUACCUGUUCAUCGGAAGCACGAUGUUCUGGUGUAUCGCGUACCUGUUAUUGCUCGGCCGACAAGGCAACCGAGACCCUGCCUUCGGCAUCUGUCUCUUGCAGUCAGCCCUGGUAUAUGCGGCCAAUCCUAUAGCUACGAUCUCCGCCUUGGGCCUGGCGCUCGAGCUGCACAUGAAGCUUAAUAUCCUGUCAUUUUCCGACAAAAGACUGAAAGAAUGGCAAUCCUGGUUCCUUGCUGCGCCGCCUGCUGUCGGUCUGGUGGUGUUCUUCUAUGUCUUAGGUAUCGGAGCCGCCCACCCAGAUGCCGUCCAACGAGAUUCGAGCCGUAUCUUCUGUCACAUCCCUCAUAUAGAUGGGUUCGGAAUUGGGCAACCGUUCGUCAUUAGCGCCGUAACAACCAUGAUACCCGACGCCCUCGUCCUUCUCUUUUCUGGUCUGGUUGCUAUCAAGGUAUGUAUUAGCAAGCGUAGAUAUGGACAGGCUCUUCCACCAAGCGGAAAUGCCCGCAUUACCGUGUCGUGGGUUAUACGUGUAACCGCGCUCACAGUUCUGCUUUCCAUCGGUAAUGUCAUGGCUAUAACCAGCUUGGUGAUGACCACAUCGACGGCAGGAUGGAACUUGGCCCUGACGUCAAUGCCUGUGUCCGUAGUUCUAGUCUUUGGCACCCAGAUGGACUUCUUGCAUACGUGGUGCUGCCGCCAUAAAGCAAGCAGAGGGGAGUCGAGAAAAGAGGCGAAGGGUUUGGAGAUGGCCAUUAGUGUGCGACCAUCUCCUAGUCGCAUCGACCUUCUGCGUCCGUGUGAGGACAGAUGAAGAAACCCGGCGCGAGAUGCCAAUUCCUAUUCAGCAGCAUUGUCUCUAUUCUAUAAUUGCAAUUAAAUAGC